GAAUAAAAUUCAAUAAAGAAAGAAGUUUAAAUUUAAGAGAAUGAUAUUACAUGGCCUGAGGAAAUAGGAACGAAAUUUAAAAUGGGAAAUGAGCAAAAUAAGUACUGGAUAGAUCCUGAAAAUGAACAUUUUAUAGUCUGGAUGUAGAUUUCAGGCCUUCCUAAGUUCAAGAAAAUUUGGGGUAGGAUUGAAAAUGAUUUAGAUGAAGGCAAUUAUGAACUAAAAGUGCAAAAUAAAUACAAUAUAAAAUAAUAUAAAGGCCAUAAAAGCUUACUUUUUACAAAUUCAAGUAUUUUAGGAGGCAAAAAUGAAUUUCUGGCUUACGGUUAUGUUGUUAUAGGAACAAUAUUGAAUUUUAUAUCACUUAUUUUCUAUAUAAAAGGAAAAAGAAAUGGAUAAGAAUUUAUAAAUAUUAAAAAUAUGGAAGAAGAUGAAGAUUUAUUAGAAGAAGAUUAAUAUUGA